AUGCCAAAAAUUGUUUCAAGCUCUACAGUUUCUUCUUCGGAACAAACGAACGGUCGACCGGAGCAACAUUUACACGUAUAUUACUGCCUAUGUAGUGAAUUCAUUCUUGUAAUAGAUGCAAAAUUGGACAGGUUACCAAGGCGUAAAACAGAUAACGCGUAUAUUAUAUCCAAUGGUAAACGCAUCUAUAAAUUGAAUGCUAUUGAACCCUCGAAUAAUCCCAUCGUGCUCAAAAGGCCACAGGGACAUGAGAAACAAUAUCGACUUCACUGCCCUCGCUGUAAUCUUUUUAUUGCAUACGAAGUCACGCCUAAACGUAAAUCUGGUGCCUUUACUUAUAUAGUAGAAGGAAGUCUUACCGAUAAUCAAGGGGUUGUGCCAGCCGACGCAAUUGAUGAAGAUGACAACAAAAAAACAGAUCAAUCAUAG